UUGUCCCAGCAGGACCCCUUCGCCUGCCUCCGCCCCACCAGUCAUGCUACGGACAGGACCGCAACAUUUUUAGCCAAACUACAAGGAAACAUAAACACAAAGUCUCCAAUUUCACUGAACAUACCAAGUGGAACGGUUCUUCUUCUAGACACAUCUGGUGGCGCGACAUUUCAUUUGGUUAGCGGGUGUACGCAUGGGAGUGAUCCGGCAAAAGAAAAGGCAGAAGGUUGUAUCCUAUUCGUUAGUGGCAGCACGGGGGGAGGAGCCAUGAGUGAGGGGGAGGGGCUCUUCCACAGCGUGCAGGUGGGUGACUCCACCUUCACUGUGCUGACCCGCUAUCAACAGCUUCGCGCCAUCGGGUCUGGUGCCCAGGGCAUUGUCUGCUCGGCCCUGGACAGUGUCCUUGGGGUCCCUGUGGCGGUGAAGAAACUGAGCCGGCCCUUCCAGAACCAGACCCACGCCAAGCGGGCCUAUAGGGAGUUGGUGCUGCUCAAGUGCGUCAAUCACAAAAAUAUUAUUAGGCUCCUGAAUGUCUUCACACCACAGAAUUCACUGGAGGAGUUCCAGGAUCUCUACCUGGUGAUGGAGCUGAUGGAUGCCAGUCUGUGCCAGGUCAUCCACAUGGAUCUGGACCAUGAGAGGAUGUCCUACCUGCUCUACCAGAUCCUCUGUGGCAUCAGACACYUGCACUCCGCUGGCAUCAUCCACAGGGACCUGAAGCCCAGUAACAUAGUGGUGAAGUCUGACUGUACUCUGAAGAUCCUGGACUUUGGGCUGGCCAGAACAGCCUGCACUAACUUCAUGAUGACCCCUUACGUUGUGACCCGAUACUACAGAGCACCAGAGGUCAUCCUGGGCAUGAAGUAUAAAGAGAAUGUGGACAUCUGGUCAGUGGGAUGCAUCAUGGGAGAGAUGGUGAAGGGCAGCGUUAUAUUCCAGGGCACGGAUCACAUUGACCAGUGGAACAAGGUGAUUGAGGUUUUGGGCACGCCCCCCAUGGAGUUUAUGAACCGUUUGAUGGAGACUGUGAGGAACUAUGUGAUGAACAAGCCCCAGUACCCAGGGGUCAGCUUCUCUCAACUCUUCCCUGAUUGGGCCUUCCCGGCAGAGACAGAGCAGGAUCAACUCAAGACCAGUCAAGCACGGGACCUGCUUUCCAAGAUGCUGGUGAUUGACCCAGAGAGCCGUAUUUCAGUGGAGGAUGCCCUGGAUCACCCCUACAUCCACAUGUGGUAUGACCCAGGAGAGGCUGAUGCGCCACCACCACAGAUAUCUGAUAAACAGCUGGAGGAGCGAGAACACAGCAUUGAACAGUGGAAAGAGCUGAUCUAUGACGAGUUGAUGGACUGGGAGGAGAGGAACCAGAAUGGAGUAAUAAAGGAGGACUGUGCAGAUGAAGUGGUGAACCACAGUGCUACAGCUUCCCAGUCGUCCUCUACGAGUGACUUUUCCUCAAUGUCCACUGAGCAGACCUUGGCCUCUGACACCGACAGCAGCUGUGUUGACACCCUCACGGGGGCGCUAGAGGAGUGACAGUGAGCCUCUUUCCACCCCGACAUCUCUGUUUCUUUUUCAAGCAUCACUAACUAUCCAUCUUCUUAGGUAGCACUUUUCACAUUACUUUAUACUGUCUAUUUUUACUUUGGGUCCCGCUGGAUGGUAAAUCAUACAACCGCUUUUCUUUUUUAAACUGAAAAUGAUUCCGUUUUAAAUUGAACUCUCUCUGUCACUCUUUCCCUAUCUCUGUUGUAAAUAGUCCAUUCAUACUGUACCAUGGGUCAAAUAAGUCAUGCACCUCUAGACUUGUUGUCCAAGCCAAGAGCACACACUGUUCAAUGUGUAGUUUGACCACCUACAGUUUCAGUAUAAAGUACUGUAUAUGCAUUAAACUAGGGCUAGGCUAUAAUGUCUAAUGACUGUUUUGUCAUCGGAAAUAUCUAAUGAUGAACAAAAGACAUUGCUGCAUGUUACUAAAAAKGAAUACUUGACUACACAUAUAAACAGCUGUGAUGCAACAUCUUCAUGUAUUUCCAUCCAGAGGACAUUAGCCUCCUCUGUGUGAAGAAACAGUACUUGGCUCUGGUCUGGGUCUUUCCUAAGGAGGGUAAAGAGUGAUACAUUUUAUGCAUGUUAUGUGUGUUCAUGUACAUAAGUAUCUAUCUAUACUGUAUACUGUGUGUUUAAAUGUAUUGAUUGUUGUGAUGCUGAGACUGGGUUUUACAGCUGAUCCAAAUAUGCUGAGGCAUACAAACUGUACAAAAUACAUCCAUUUAUUUUAGAACAAAUUAUUGUUAAAAUGCAAUGGGAAACAUUUCAGAAAUUCGUUGAUGUUUGAAAGAUGUAUUAUAAUGAAACUGAAUGGGAAAAAAGGCGAACGGUGGAUACAUUGCACUUUCUAGACAAUUUCAGCUUAAAGUCAUUCCAAGAAAAAUAUUGAUUAAAAGAGGGAUACAAUCAUGCAUUCAGUUMUUUUUCA